GGUCAGUGGAAAAGUUACGUCCAUGAUCACAUUCGAUUUUGAUAAAGAUGGUGAAAAUGAGUUAAUUAUCGGAUGUGACGACUUUUAUAUCAGAGUGUUAAAAAACAACCAAUUUAUCAUGGAGUUAGCUGAGACGGGCUCAGUAAGUUGUCUGUCUCCUAUUACUGAAGUAAGAUUUGCUUACGGCCUGGCUAAUGGCACUAUUGGCAUAUACGAAGAAGGAUUACGAUUAUGGAGGGUCAAGAAAGCGAUAGCUUUGCAAUGGUCCGGGGAGUCGUUAGCGUGCGCGUGGGCGAACGGGCGGCUGGAUUGGCGGGAUGGGGCGUCGGGCCGCGUGCUACGCCGCGUACAGAUGCGUGCCGGUGCUGCUGCCAUGCUGUUGGCUGACUACCGCUCCCUUGGCUUGCCGGAUCUUGUCUGCGUGUCCGAUAGAGGCGAAGUGUUAGGGUAUCCCCCGUAUCAUGAAAACGUUGGAUUCAACGCGACGACAAAGAAGAUCCCGUCGGAAGAGGACCGACUGGCGAUCACAGAACUGCUAAAUAGAAAGCAAGCGCUGAUGGUGGAAAUGCAGCAUUAUGAGGCGAAUGCGGCCAGCGAGGACACGGACGAUCGGCCUACCACCGGCAUGCCAACUAACACGCGGCUGCAAGUCGCUAUCACUCCAAAUGACGAUGAGGGGUGCUUAGAUCUGGCUAUAUCAACGAAUAACGAAACUAUAGUACGAACAGCGUUAGUCCUAGCCGAGGGAAUAUUCGAGAGUGGGGAGACUCUGGCUCGACAUCCACCAAUAAAUAACUUGCGUUCCUUGCUGUAUGCGCCCCUGAGACCACCCAGAGAUGUUCCUGUUGAUGUUCAUAUUAAGGCGUUAGUUGGUUAUGCCGAAAGCGAACAGUUUCAUAUCUUCGAGCUCACAAAACACCUACCAAGGUUCGCGAUGUAUAGAACAGCGCCAUCUAUACUAUCAAAAACUAAAUCAGAUAACUUCGUAACUUUCCGAAUCACAGAACGUAUUCAGAGAAUAUGUAUUUGGAUUAACCAAAACUUUCUAUUGGAUGAAGAAGUAGAAAUCGAAAAUGAAGAUAUGAGAGAACUUAAUAUAACCUUUUUAAGUCUGAGAGAUAAGUCUCCAUUGAAUAUGAACUUUGCAGCGGACGGACAAGUCAAGUUUACAACUCCUAAUAUUGGUUUAGCUGGUGAUUUGAUACAGAGUUUGGCGAUUUAUUUGAACGUAGGUGAUUUGCAGUCAAUGGCACACUUUCCUGAUAUCGAAGAGAAACUUCGCGAAGAAAUGGAAAAUGCUGCGCAAGUAGGAGAGACGAGAUCUCGUCUAGCAGCCGAAACAGCGGAAAAAGCUCAACUAAUUACCGCAUUAUUGCCAGCAGCGCAAGAUGCCGCUUCCUACGAUUUAAAUGAAAUGUUAAACCGGUACAAGGAAGUUAUUCUUCUGAACGAAGAACUACUAACUGGAUGUCAUGUGCGGCGAGCUACUCAGGAGCAAGCUGUUAACUCCCUCAAAAACUUACACAUAAUUUUACGACAAGCUGCACGAUUGAGAGUUGGUAAAUACAGCAAAGCUGUGGUCGCAGCUUGCAGGAAGGCAGUACAAGACAAUAACACAGAUGCAUUGAUUAAGAUAUUACAAGCAGGAAAUUGUUAAAUAAAAAGAACUGUAUAUUAAUUAAAAAUAUUUAUUGAAAACACUUUUAGGUCAUCAGUCAAUUUAUCUAGAUUUUAAAAUACUUGUUCAUAUUUGUAGAUCAAUAUUGCAAUAUGGUUUAAAUCUAUAUUGUACUUAGUUAAUUAUAAAUUAUA